AUGAACAACAAGUUUACUGUACAGAAGGAACCAAAAUAUUCGUUCAAAUAUGGUGUUACCGACCUCUACACGGGAGAUGUUAAAUCUCAACACGAAAGCCGUGAUGGAGGUAUAGUGAGAGGACAGUAUUCUUUAGUAGAACCUGAUGGUUCCAUAAGAACCGUGGAUUAUACAGCUGAUCCGGUUCACGGAUUCAAUGCCGUCGUUUCUAAAACUGCACCGUCUAUACACCCGGUGGCACCAGUGGUCAAACAUUUGGAUGUUGUACCUGCUGUGGUAAAGAAAAUUGUACCUGCCGCACAACAUUCUACAGUUUACAUUCACAAGAACGAUGUUGAAGCCGCGCCGGUGGCGGCUCCAGAGAUUUACGUCGGAAAACACUCGUACCAACCGAUUUACGCAGGAUUAGGUGGUUUAGAAAAGGUCUACUAUAAUGAUUAUGGAGGAAGCCAUCAAGCUUAUUACGAUCAUGACUAUGACCAUUAUUAAAAUAAAUAAACAAAUCAAAAUGUACGCCAAAUUGUGGUAUUAUUAUCCUUAUUUUAAAUAUCAAACAACAAAGUCUAAACUCCAGUGUACCGUUCUGCGUUAUUCUUUUG